AUGAUGCCUCGUCCAGGCAGAAACACGUACAGCGACCAGAAACCUCCCUACUCGUACAUCUCCUUGACCGCUAUGGCCAUCCAGAGCUCCCCGGACAAAAUGCUCCCCCUGAGCGAGAUCUACAAAUUCAUCAUGGAUCGGUUCCCUUACUACCGAGAGAACACGCAGAGGUGGCAGAAUUCGCUCAGACACAACCUCUCCUUCAAUGACUGUUUCAUUAAGAUCCCUCGUAGGCCGGACCAACCGGGUAAGGGCAGUUUCUGGGCACUGCACCCCAACUGCGGGGACAUGUUCGAGAACGGCAGCUUCCUGAGGCGCCGCAAACGUUUCAAGGUGAUGAAAGCGGACCACUUGGCGGUGAGCAAGCAGUCGGACGCAACGCACUACCUCCAGCAGCAGGCGAAGCUGCGGCUCAGCGCGCUGGCCGUGUCCGGGACCCACCUGCCGCAGAUACCCAGUUACAGCAUGGGCGUUUCUCAGAGCACGAGCUUCAAGCACCCCUUCGCCAUCGAGAACAUCAUCGCCAGAGAGUACAAAAACGUGAUGUCGAGCGGACUGGCUUUCUCGGCAGUGCAGCCCAUGCAGGCCGGCUACCCCAUGCAUUCCGUCGGGAGUCCCAUCGGUACCGCCUGGCCCCACAUGUACAGUACCAGUGUGAUGGACACGGCGCCGCCGCUCUCCGUGCCCAGCAGCGACUAUAGCGCCUACGGCGUGCCCAUUAAACCCCUGUGCCACGGCGGACAGACUUUGCCGGCCAUACCGGUGCCGAUUAAACCCUCCCCGGCCACCGUGCCUGCCUUGCCGGCUUUACCCGCGCCGAUCUCGGCCAUCCUGUCCAACAGUCCUGCCACGCUGAGUCCUACCUCUCCGCAGAUCGGUAACGGCCAGAGGAGCCCGAGUCCGAGCCCCGGCGAUACGUUAACGAGCGCCGGCACCGCUCUGCAGUCGGUGGCCGUGCACUGACAUUGGGUACAGAGGCGAAGGCAGGGCCAGCUCCGAACAAAGUUUACCGGAACAAGGGAGAACUGUCCGCUUGUGAUCAACUCCUGCCCUGGUGUAUAAAUGUAAAUGUGAACGGCCGGCGUGCAUAACACGAGCCUGUGAAUACGUGCACUUUUCUCCAUUUUGCUUCAGUUCUAGACUCCCCGUCACUCGCAAUCGCCGAUCACCAAGUCCAAUGUUUUUUCUAAUCGUGUUGUGAAUCCCACAAAACAUUUGUUAACACUGUAAAUGUUGACUUUCAG